AGCGACGGGAAAUGGGCAUUCAUGGGACGGGAACGUGACUUGCCGUGAGAGCAAGACACCAAAGCGGAACCCCCAGUACGUGACUGCACCCGCCGGAGCGAGACAGCGCUAGUCACGAAACACGAACGAGUGCGUGACAUGUCGUAAAUUCUUUGAAAUGGCGCAAGUGACCGACAACGAACGGCGGAUUUCGUUGGAAAGCGCAAAGCGGUCAGUGUCUUUUCGCCACUUGGCAACAUAAAAAGUGUCUCGCGAGGUUUCCGCUUGUGAACGAGUGCAGGGAGCAGCUUCCGUCGAGUCCGGCCCGGCGUCGCCUGGAAUCCAGUUCGUCAUCAUGUACGGGGAGGAUGGUGAGCCGAUCGAAAUCAAGGAGGAGUACAACAAUGACGAGCACUACCAAGACAUGUGCUUGUCUAAAUUCGACUUAGACUACAAACUCAAACGCAGCGAACACCAGCAUGAAUUUUUCUUCACGCCAAACGAAAAUUGCAAGAGCGAUGUUUGGGAUCGCUUCUAUUUGAUUUACUAUCGCGGCAUAAAACAAGACUAUGUGAAAUGCCGAAAAUGUUUCUCGAUUUUAAGCUAUAAAAGUCGAACUGGAACAGCCAGUUUGCUCCGCCACAACUGUGAGAGAAAGAAUGCAAUUAAAGCUUACGAACAGGAGGCGAUAGUGCAUCCUAUCAUCCCAUCACUUGUAAACAAAAACAUUUCAGAUGAAGCGAGAAAUCAAAUUCACGAGGGGCAGCUUUAUUUUCUGGCAAAGGACAUGCAUGCAUUUGAUACAACAGAUCGAGUAGGAUUCAAACGGUUGGCACAAUUGCUCAUAAACUUUGGAUCCAGUUUCGGAAACCAGUCGGUGAAUGAAGUGUUGGCACCAAGUGAUUAUUUGGUUAAUAGUCUAAUGACGACGACCAUUUCAAAUAUUUCGAGAGUUAUAAGGAACUAUCUCUUGGACGAGGAUCUAGCACUGACCAUAGAUAUUUCAAAUGAAACCUGUUCUCAAAAACGAUUUUUAACUCUAUCAGGCCAUGUCGUCACAGUUGACUAUGUCUUCAAGUCAUUUAUCAUCAACACUAUAGAAAUCGAGAACUCAAUUGAUUUGGACCUGAAGAAAACUAUCUUAACACUCUUGGAUGACUACAUUCCAAACAGUGAAAGCAAACUCUCAAAAAGUGUCGUUGUCAUUGACCAACACCAACUGUUAUCAGAUUCACUGGCUGAUUGCAAAGUAUUUCCGUCUAUCGGCCACAUAAUGCAAGCUAUUUUGGACAACAUCCUUUCAGAGUUGCCGGAGCAGUUCCGCAGCUGUUUGAACACAAUAAAAGACUUAGUCCAGAACAUGGAGACAAUUCCUAAUCGGAACUUGAAUGUAUACUACACUCUGAAGUAUUUUCACGACUAUUUACAGAAUGCAUGUCAGGAAGGCUCGAAUCAAGACUUAUCAAAAUUGGACAUCCCUACUCUUCAAGUUUUCUACGAACUGCUGGAAUUGUUCAAAGAAUGCUUAACGGACCUAAAAGCGGAUGACACAGCAACGAUUGGCAAAGUGUAUUUGUGGAAAGUUAAGUUAGAAACCUAUUGCAAAUCAAUCCCAGCUGAGGACGAGGACUCAGUCAUAUACUAUUUGAAAACAAGAACUCUUGCCUUGCUAGACGAGCAUUUGAUACCUAACGACUAUCACAAAAUUGCUCUUUUCUUGAACCCCAACUUCAAGGGCUUAAAAUUUCUGAAAAUCGCCGAAAAACAAGAAAUUUAUGAUUUGAUCAAGUCGAUGAUUUCAAAAAUCAAAGAACAUGAAGACCUAAUCUUCUUUCCUGGAGCUCAUUCGUCAUCAUCCUCAUCGAAGCCUCCUCCACCCAAACGAUUCAAAGAUGAGAUUAUUUUCGGUGAAAUGAUGGAUGCGACCGAAGGCGAAAGUGAUGACGAGUCCACCGAAAGUGAAAUCUUUCGCUAUGUUAAUUAUAAGUUGAAAGAUCAUUGCAGUGAUAUUUUGGAGUAUUGGAAAAUGACUAAUGAUUUCCCAAAUCUUAAGAAAUUGGUAAGACGAAUUCUAAACAUUCCGGCUAGCGUUGAGUCGAAGCAAAAUGUCAUUUGUCAGGGCACAAACGGAUCGAAUGCAUCGUCAAGUUCGGGUUCUUCAACAGUCAAAACAUGUUCCUGUGCAUUCAAAGACAACAUUAAGUCUCUAGUGUUUCUCAAUAAGAACUUCGGAUUGGCCAACUGUAUUUAGAGUAAAAUUUGGGGUGAUAUUUAUGAUUAGGCACUAAAACAUGUAAUGCAAUGUUUACUAUUAAGUGAUAUUCUAUUUUUAUUAUGAAUAUGUAUGUAUGUUGAUAUUUAUAUUAAAAUUUAUAUGAAAUAGUCA